GAUAACAUCGAUAACGAUAAAACUUUUUCGACACAUCUUCAAGACCUUGCAGUUUGUAUACGAAGUGGAAGUUUAUUGAAAAUAUGGAUAUCAAAAGGAGUACAUUCAAAGUUAAAAGUAACUCCAAACCUUCCAACAGCCGUCGUAGUGCCGAACUUCUUGGUACACAAACUGGAAUUGCAUUUCCUACACAAUCAAAGAAAAACAAUCGACCAAAUGAAAUAUCGCAUUUUUCUGACUGCACUACUAAUAAAAACCUUCAAAAUGCAAUUCGUAAGCUCAAUAAAAAAGAUCCAACUACUAAAAAAAGGGCUUUGGAAGAGCUUAUUCAUGAUAUAAAAGAGACGAAUGUCGAGGAACUUGUGGUCAUUUUACCGCUUUGGACUAAAAUCUACCUUGAAUUUUCAUAUGAUCCGAUACACAACAUACGCGAACUUACACAACAAGUACAAAAAAUGCUGACAUCGAAAUGUAAACGCAUGAUAGCCCCAUAUUUAAAGGAAUUAGUACCCGUUUGGAUUUAUUCUCAAUUUGAUAAUUACGGUCCAGCUGCUAAUAUUGCUCGUGCCAGCUUCUUCAAUAUAUUCAAUGCAAAAACAGACCGUGUAGAGGAAGUCUGUUUACAUUGCCAAUCAGAGAUUCUAGAAUACAUAUUUAAUAAUCUUUUAGAAUCGUUAGAUAACAAAAAUGGUACUGACACUUAUGUGUUUGGCUAUAAUAAGGUUUACGGAAGCCUCGAACUUCUUUCUUUUUUUACUGAGCAAACGAAAACAGCAGAUUUGUCUUCGAAGUCACACAUUAUAUUACGUUCCAUUAUAGAGUCAAAAAUCUUUUGGAAUUGGGGAAGAAAUGGCAAUAAAAUAACUAGGAGAGGAUGGUUCAAAACAAUACACAAUAUGAUUUUAAACAUAUCUCUAAACGCCAUAAUUUCUGAACGGAAAAAAGAUAUCAUUGAAAUAUGUUUUGCUGGAAUUAAUGAAAGCGAUCGAAUAUUGUCUCUACAUAUAUGGCAGUGCACAUUACUUGUACAAUCAACCUAUGAUGAUUGGUAUAUACUUUUGGACUUCAACAAUGCGGUUGAAUACAGGCUGUGGAGUUUGCUUCAAAAUAAUUUCUUUAAUAACUAUGAAAACAUCUGUCCUAAAAUGUUACCGUUUUGUUCAGCUUUGAUAUCAGUGCGUACUAAUAAUUUCAACUGGUAUAUUUUUAUGAAAUUGUUUUUAGAGAAAUUUAAAUAUGUUUUUUGUUCCGAGAAUGUUAAUGCUAGUGGAACAGAUCACAAAGUUGUGUUGAAUUCAUAUUUUGACUGUUUAAAACUGGUAUUAAAUAAGGUGAUAAACAGUACAGAAAUGCCACUUGAUGAGAAACAACAAAAUGCCUUCGAACUUCUACAUAAAAACAUACUUGAUCCUACAAAAUGCUUACUCAGAGCAAAUAGAAAUUGUGCUUGUAAAUCAUUUUUUGAUUCAACUCUUCAAAUGUUAGCUGACAUUAAAAUAGAAAGAGAAGCUAAUGAACAGAUACAAGCAUAUCUUCUAAAGGAAUUCUGGAUAUCGAUAUUUGAUUUAGUAACUUCACUUAUUACUGAUAUAGAACAUUGUCCUGAGGGGAUUAUUGAUAUCUUCCAAAGUCUAGUUAAAUUUGAUCAAGAAGGCUUAAGUGAUAAAUUGGAUUUAUUAUUACCAAAUGGGCAAAAAGAUAGAAAUAAGAGUAAAUUAAAAAACCUAGCCUCCGAUCUAGUUAGCCAUUGCUUAAAACGAAUUGCUGGCAAAGAAUGCGAAUCUUGCCUAAAACACCUGUUGUUAUUUAUGGAUAUAUUUUCUGACACCAAAUUCAAUAUAAAUAUUACAAACAACUUUGAUGUUACAAAAUCUUUAGAAAUAUUAAUUGACUUAAUACCUAUUUCGAAUGAAAAUCUUUACGUUGAUAUUGCCGAAAUUAUUUUCAAAUUUUUACAUUAUUUGGAUGGUGAUCAACAAUUCGAUUUUAUCAACAAUAUACUCAUCUCCGUGUCCUCUUGGCGUAUGCAAAUUUUGUUUAUUGAACGUUUAUUGUUGCAACCAUUGAAAAUUGGAAAACGUAAAGAUAUGCUGUUAUCCAGCCCAGCUGUCAGGACAAUAAUAAGCGAUAUAACAAGAGAAGCACUACUUGAAAAAUCAGAAGAAAAAAUUAAUUGGUUGCAAACACUGUUUUUACAAAAUGAUGGUGGUAAUUUCUUUAUUGGUUCCACAACAGUGGAUGAAUUCUUAAGCAUCAUGUUUGAGCAUCUUGAAAGAGAUGACAACUAUGAGUUGGUUGAAUUAUGCGGACAAAUUAUUUCUAAAGUUUUGCCGAAGAUAUUUUCAUGCGGAAGUGUUUUUAAUGAAACAAAAACAAAGGCAUUCUUGAAACUAUUCUCGUUUUUGAUUCAAUCUUCAGCAAUUAAUUCAAUUAGGGAAGAAACCCUUUCUGAGUGCUGGGAAAGUGUGUUAUGCGAUGAACAUAUCGUAAAUGAGGUGGCAACUUUACAUUGUAUUUCAAAUUUGCGAGUGAUGAACACACUUACGGUGUCAAAUACAUCAAAAAGUGCAGAUUUAAUAAUUCGUUUUAUAUUCCGCAGUACUGCCAAAUACAAUGCACCUAAAAUCAGAUUUACAGCACAAAAUAAUCUAAUAAAUAUGUUUACUACGACUAAGGACAUUUCUGCAUUGCAGGAAAAAUUUAAAAAUUACAUUUUAUUUAUGGAAGCCAUAAAUGGCAUUGUUUCCACAAAACAAGAAGUGCACUAUGAAUGUUUAGAGCUUCAGACAAUAAUCAUAAUCUUACAGCGAUCACUUUUGAAUGUGUAUAUUAUCAAACGAUUUCAAGAAAAUGUUUGCAAAGAAAUGAGCAUAAUAAAUCGCAAUUUAUACCACGAAUUGCUCAAUUGUAUAGUUUUUACAUCUGCUGCAGAAAGUGUUCUAAACAUCAAACCGGAGGAAGGUGUUGCUCUGAAGGUUUGGAUUGAAGAAUUACAGGAUCAAAUCAAAAUUUUGAUUCAAAAUGAAUCUACUCUAUCGGAAAAAGUACAUGAAAUUCUUCUUCGAAAUGUUAUAGAAGCUGACAAUAUAUUGUAUUGUCGAGCUCUUCACGUUUUACUUUCACAUUAUCGAUACUUGCCGUUUGAAGAAAGCGCAUCAAUCGUUUUUAACGAGGAACUCUUCAAACAUCUAAUUGCUAAAGACGGCUUAUCAGCUUACAUUAAUUUCUUACAGUAUCAAACUCCGCUCCUGAAUUACCGCAGCAUUACCGUAAGCAAUAUUUUUGAUUGUGCAAAAUCAACAGAUAUUUGGAUAAAAUGUGCAGCGUUGCGCUGCCUUGUAAUAAAUAAUUUCAAUUGCGAUGAAUUGAGAAUCGGUGACAGAAAUGUAAUUAAGCAGUUGUUGGAAUCUGUUCGAUCAAUAAAUGAAAAAUUUUAUAUACAAAAUAAAGUAGAAAUAAACGAACUUGAGUACACAGCCGUUAUAGAACUAAUUGAAUACAUUCGACUGCUAAAAGAAAUACUUAUAAAAAUACCUUUGAGUCUAGGUGCUAAAGACUGGGAUAACAUUAUCAUUGGACUAGGUUCUUGGAUACCAAGCGUACAUAAAUCGAUGGAAAAUAUUGAAAAUCCAAAGAUCGCGUUAUUUACGAUUAAUAUCUGUCGGCUACUCUCUACGUUCCUAGAGUUUAUAAAAGCCGAGAAGGACCGUAGUUCAACCGCAUUGGUACAAAAUAUGGCAGAUGAAUGGGAGUCAUUAUUUUCAAAGGACACAAUUUGCAAGAUAUUCGAAUCGUUUUAUGGUCUGUUACAUCUACAAGAGAAGUUCACACCAGAAUACUUUAUGGUAUUAUUUAGGGAAUUAAAAAGGGUAGUACUACUUUCUGAUUUUGAUGUCAUUUAUAACUUUUGCAAGCAUUCUCGAACUCCAUCUACGGAAAAUGUUUUCAACAUUUUGCUCAAAAACUUCUUUACCCCUAACAUCUUUUUAAAAAGGACAUGUUAUCAUAUUUUGCAAGAAUUAACUCAUGCCUACGUUGUUGACGACAUUAAGAAGGUUCCCACAUUAAGUGACGACUUGAGUCAUGGAGGAAAAACUCAGCAUUAUUUAAAGUUAUUUGAAGGGGUUUUAAUAUCUCAACUUAUUUUUGUUAAUAAGUAUAUAUCAGAUUUCAGUUUCAAAAUAUCUGAAAUAGAUGCAUUCGAACCUAUUGACGUUGAAAUGGGAUUUAGCUAUUUCUUGAUGUGGGACUGCAUAAUACACACCUGUGUCAAAUCUCCACUCAAUAUACGGAAUAUUUAUACUUCCUGGCUUUAUGAGAAUAAAUUUUUCGAGUCCAGGGGGGCUUACGGCAUAGCUCUUUGGGCUCCGUUUGGCUUAUCAUCUUUUUUGAUCACAGUACGAAAGUUUUCUUGCGCUGGCGUCGUUUGGUUCGAAACUAACGGGAUAAUGGUCUUUCAUUCAGUGCUGGCUGACAUUGGCUGGCAUUCACUUAGCUAUAGCAUGAGACGACUUUUAUUUGUCAUUCUGAGAACAAUAUUGUAAUUUGUAUAGAUGUUAUUGUGUGACUCCGAAGUUAAAGUUUUUGGCCACCCCAUAUUCAUGCUCAUCUUCUAGAUAUAUUUUGACGUAAAAAAUAGUAUAUGCAUAAACAUUCCUCGCUGGGUCCAACAUUGCUUAUUAUUAUUAUAUUUUACCCUUGAAAAUGUCAGCAAAAUGCCGAUGCAGAGUGUCGAAAAGAAACUUUUAGAAUUAUUUGGCUACUAACAAAAAGCUAUUUAAAUAAUUAUUAUAUUAUAUUUAAAAGCUUAUUAUUUUGUUGAAAUUUUUCUAUUUAAUAAAUUUUUAUAAAAACAUUUUCAUCUAAAAAAUAUAUAUCAAAUUAGGAAUUAAGAUCGAAGGUAAAUAUCAAAGUUUCUGAUAUUAGUGUUUAAUUUUCUUAUAUAUAUACAAAAAUAAGUUUUCACCAUCGAAUUGGUAAACUAAGAAAAACUGAAUUAUACUCAAAUUAUAUAAAUACAAAACUUGUAACGAUAUUAAUAUUUAAAAAACUGGGAUAAGAUAUUUAUUUAAUAUAAUAUACUCAUAAAAUGAAUUAUUUAAAAAAAUGUCAUACUCUAUUGAAACGUCAUACUCUAUUUGGUGAAAGUAGUUCUAUCCCAUAUUACUUCUAUAUAUUUUUCUAAUACUUGGCGUAGAAUAAUGAACAAUACAUUUUUACAAUAAUGUUCCAUUCUAGAACUUCCGAGACUUAUUAGGAGUUAGUUGUAGUCAGUCUAUGCGAAUGUAAGGUUCUAUACAGGAAAAGGAUCGCAACUAUCGGUCGAGGGUUUUUGCACGACAUUUCGGAAGUUGCUCAGAUAAAACUAUUUGUACAGAAGUACGGGUUGGUUCAGAGAGGAGACAAUAGAGUGAGGGAACAUUAGUCCCGGUGGAAUCACAAUGGGUCUAGGUGCGCCGUCAGACAGCCACUCUACGUAUUUACCACCCUAGUUGUAGUCAAAGACAUGAAAAAAUUACAAAUUUAAAGAAUUUUUUUGCAUGUACAUAAAUUAUUUUAUUUUUAAAAGUAAAAUCAUAGCCGCGACCAUCACUAAUUUUUCGAAACUCAUCUAAAAUCAAUCGGACAAAAAAAAAAGUUUUAUUAAUAAAUAAUCUAAGACUUUUUUGUUUAUUAAGUUAACAAAAAUUAAAAAAAAAUUCGAGCAAGCACCAAGAGUUAAUUGUUGAUAAUAAAUCGAAUUUAAUCGAUCAGGCACUAGUAAGUGUUUAUGCUUUCAAAAAGCUGUAUAAAUUUCAUUGAAAAUACCGAGCAGUUCUCGAGCUAUAAUGGUCUCCAGUUCAAAAAAUAUAGUUUUGAGAAAAACGAACCUAAAGUUUAGGAGACAAUCACACUAAGUUAAUAAAUUCUUAGAAAUACGAAUCUAUUUGCGAAAUCAGCUUCAAAUUUUCGGAUAAUGUAAUAUCUUAAAAAUAAUAAUUGCAAAAAUAAAAAAUUGAUUUUUUUUUUAAUUCUGGGGUAGU